AUGACCAAUCUGAAAAGCUUUGUAGCAAAUUUCGAUGCCGAACGGGACAGUGAACAACUCGAGGGAUGGAAGCAACGAAUUGCAAAUUUAUACCACGAUUUUCAGUUUAAUCGGUUGCAAAUUGAAUCGGCACUGGAUGAGACCGGUGAAUCAAAGACAGAUGAAAAGGGGAGCAAGAUUUCAGAGGAAGCUAAUAGGGCGAUUCGGCGAGCGUUUGAACAAGAUUAUGUUAUGGUUUACAGUUUUCUCACCAAUAUGCUGUACUCGAAUCCCCAGCUUUCGCCAAUCGAUAAAUUGUCGUAUCUCGUUGCUUCCUUGUCAAAAGAUGCCAGAAAGGUAAUUGAAUCGAUCGAGCACACCGCCGCCAAUUAUACUGUUGCAUGGCAUCUGUUAGAAAGGCGUUUUGACAAUAAAAAACUGGUGGUAAAAACGUAUAUUGACAGUCUAUUCUCAAUUGAUCCAAUGAAAAGGGAGUCGUAUGAGUCGCUGAUGCAAUUGGUCGACGAUUUUGAGCGGAACCUGUGCAUGAUCGAAAAGAUGAACAUACCAACCGACGGUUGGAGCGUAUUGCUGGCGCACAUGGUUUGCAGUAGGCUUGAUCCUUCCACUCUGAAACAAUGGGAAAUCUAUCACAAAUCAACUGAUGUACCCACGUACCAUGAUGUUAUCGCAUUUCUUCGUACUCAUCUUACGGUGCUCCAAUCGUUGACGCCGUUCAAAGCUCGUUCGUUUGAUUAUGUGAAAUCGGAAACGGUCCGGUCGCAGAAGUCUAAAGUAAAUACAGUCCAUACAGCUACCAACUCAUCGCCCGGUACGUGUCCAUUUUGCUCAAAAUACGCACAUUCUCCGUUCAAAUGUGACGUGUUCCAAAAACUCUCCGUGGCACUGCGCUUCGAGCAAGUAAAAAAGCUAAACCUCUGCAUCAAUUGUUUUUCCUCCUCCCACCUACUAAGGAAUUGCUCAUCCGGUGCAUGCAGAGUAUGCAACCAGAAGCACCAUACAAUGCUACACCAAUCACCGACCGAUCGCUCGUUCACCCAAUCGAAAUCACCUAUACCUAUCACUUCUAGUUCGCAACCACCGAAGUCGUCAAAGGACAAUCAAGCCAACUCGUUAAACCAACCUUCAACUUCUCGAUCCUCGCCACCAGCAGAAUCCCAAACGCCAACAGCCACUGCCUCUAGCCUUGUUUCCACCACUCUCGUCGGAAGUUCCUGCAAUGUUCCUGCCACUGUACUGCUGCAAACAGCCAUUGUAAAGGUCUUCAAUUCAUAUGGGAACGCACAGUGGGCCAGAGCGCUCUUGGAUCCUGCUUCUCAGUUGAACUUAAUAACGGAAAAUCUCGUACAGAAAUGCCAGUUGCGUCGCUACUCCAAUCGUCAAGAAAUUGGUGGUGUAGGCAACUCUAUCGUCGUAUCGUACCAUGCGGUUACCAUUCGUAUUGGAUCUCGGUGUUCGGAUUUCCUCGCAGACGCACAGUGUCAUAUUCUUAAGAAAAUCACACGAGAACUUCCAGUUCGGUGUGUCGAUACUUCCCCAUGGCAUAUUCCAUCUAAUAUUGUCUUAGCAGACCCGAAAUUCCAUGAACCUGGACCCAUCGAUUUACUUAUCGGGAUGGAGUUGUAUUAUGACCUGUUGCUCGAAGGGUUUCUGAAACUGGGCAUAGAAAAACCAAUUUUGCAAGGAACUGUUUUCGGCUGGGUUGCUUCCGGAAAGGUCGGUUCCAGUCGUCCUGAGUCAACUCUUAAACUGGCACAUGUCACCAGCACACAGUCUCUCGAUGAACAACUAUCUCGCUUUUGGGAAAUAGAAUCAUGUUGGACUACCAGCAUCCAAUCCUUAGAAGAAACCGCUUGUGAAAACCACUUUGCCGCAAGUGUAUUUCGAGAUCAGACCGGUCGCUUUGUUGUCACCCUUCCCAAACGAGCUGAAAUUCUAAAUCAACUGGGAAAUUCGAAGGAGAUUGCUACUCGCAGAUUUCGCGCUCUCGAACGCCGUUUUGAUGCUAAUCCUCACCUGAAGGAAGCUUACACGGUUUUUAUUGACGAAUACCACCAACUUAACCACAUGCGGGAGAUCUCAGACAGUGAAGCUUCCGCGCCUAUAGCCUAUUACCUGCCACACCAUGGCGUCGAAAAGGCAGAAAGUACAACAACGAAACUGCGAGUUGUUUUCGACGCCUCAUGCCGCACUGAUACCGGAAUCUCAUUGAACCAGGCUCUCAUGGUGGGCCCAGUCAUCCAAGAUGAUCUGUUGUCAAUUAUUUUACGCUUCCGGAUGCAUCGAUAUGUCAUUAUCGCCGAUAUCGAAAAGAUGUUUCGCCAAAUACGUGUGCACCCGUCGGAUUACCCACUACAACGUAUUCUUUGGCGAUGCUCAUCGUCUCAGCCCCUUCGUACUUUCGAACUUACGACAGUGACUUAUGGCACGGCCUCUGCUCCUUACUUGGCAACCAAGUGCCUUCAACGGCUGUCGGAGGAUGGAUCGAAUGAUUUCCCUCUUGCUUCUUUAGUCCUAGGUAAGGACUUUUAUAUGGACGAUAUGCUGACCGGGGUUGACAACGAAGCUGAAGGGAGUGAACUGUGUCGACAACUGUUGCAGUUGCUCCAAUCUGCCGGUUUGAGCCUGCGUAAAUGGUCUUCGAAUUCCUCGACUAUUCUUUCGGAGAUCCCACCCGAACUUCGUGAUGAACGAAGUACUCUAGCUCUUGACUCGCCCAUCACUCAAAUCAAAACUUUGGGCUUGCAUUGGCAGCCGUCCGACGAUGUGUUUCGUUAUUCCGUGCCCAAAUGGUCUCAGGAGGGACCGAUUUCUCGCCGUAUUGUACUGUCCGACACAGCUCGGCUCUACGAUCCUCUAGGGCUUAUUGGUCCAGUUGUAGUGAUCGCCAAACUUUUCGUACAAACCCUCUGGCGAACUUCUAAGAACUGGGAUGAUCCGCUAGACGAGGCCCAGCAGCAGCAUUGGUUGGAGUUUCGUAGCAGCUUAGAUAAAUUAGCCACAAUCGUUAUUCCGAGAUGGGUUCACACCAGUGUAGAAUUGAAAACCAAAUCCAUAUUCUGGACAGACUCGAUGAUUACUCUGCAUUGGCUUAGUUCGAGUCCAUCACGAUGGAAGACAUUUAUUGCUAAUCGCGUCUCGGAAGUGCAGCAUUUAACAAGUGGAGGUGUAUGGGCUCAUGUACCUGGCAUCGAGAAUCCUGCGGAUAUAAUCUCCCGAGGAAUGUAUCCAGAUCAACUGAAGCAAACAUCUCCGUGGUGGAGUGGAGCACCAUGGCUUAGCCGAUCCUCUCGUUUUUGGCCACCGCUAACCUGUCCAAUUACCGUCGAUUCCCUACCGCCAGAACUGCUGGAGGAAAAGGCUGUCUCAUUGCCAAUUCAAGUGUACCAGCCAAAUGAAAUUUUCUUCAUUCGAUCAUCGUUCUCAGCUCUCGUUCGUAUUGUUGCCUUACUUUGCCGCUUCAUUCAUAACAGCAAGCCCAACAACCGCAGUAGUAGGAGAUCAGGUUUACUAUGCACGAUGGAGCUCAAUGAAGCCGUGAAGGUCCUUGUUCGACUAGCACAGUCAGAAGUAUUCGCUCAAGAUAUCGCAGCAGUGUCCAAGGACGGUCAAGUGGGACCGAAAUCAGCUCUGAAACAUCACACUCCAAUUAUCGUCGAUGGGAUCCUCAGAAUUCGUGGCCGACUUCGACAUGCGGCCAUAUCUCUAGAUCGGAAACAUCCAAUGAUUCUGCCUGCGCGACAUCCCAUCACGAAAUCAAUACUUAACUACUAUCACCUAAAGAAUUUACACGCCGGACCACAACUGCUUGUAGCGUGCGUUCGGGAAAAAUUCUGGCCACUUCGCAUCCGCGAUUUGGCACGAAGCGUAGUGCAUUCCUGCAUAAGCUGCUUUCGUUGCCGUCCUCGAAACCUCGAGCAACUCAUGGGAGAUCUACCUCCAGACAGAGUUACCCCAACGUUGCCCUUUCUUAACACUGGAGUAGAUCUCUGUGGACCAUUUCUAUAUCGUAGCAGCAAAAGAGCGACUGCUAUAAAGUGCUACGUAGCAAUCUUCGUGUGCUUUGUCACAAAGGCAGUUCAUAUAGAGCUUGUCUACGACCUCUCCACUGCGUCGUUCAUAGCAGCAUUGCAUCGGUUCAUCGCUCGCAGAGGGAAGCCAAAUCAAAUAGAGUGCGACAACGCCAAAAACUUCGUGGGAACUUCAAGAGAACUGGGAAAGCUCGCCAAGCAGUUUCGUUCACAGCAGCAUCAAGAUGAAGUAAUCAACCGCUGUGCAGAUAACGGAAUAUCCUUCAAAUUCAUCCCGCCACGCAGCCCAAACUUCGGUGGCCUUUGGGAGGCGGCGGUUAAAUCGUUCAAACAGCACUUCCGUCGUACCGUUGGAAACUCUGUACUAUCACAGGAUGAGUUUGUGACACUUCUGGCCCGCAUCGAAGCUUGUUUAAACUCAAGGCCGCUCACACCACUCACAGCUGAUCCAAAUGAUCUGGAGGUAUUAACACCGGGUCACUUUCUCGUAUUUCGUCCACUGACAUGCUUUCCCGAACCUGACCUCUCCGGUGUCCCGCAAGGCCGACUUAGCCGUUGGCAAGAAAAUCAGCAACUCCUUCGGCGACUCUGGAAGCAGUGGACAAAGGACUAUCUUUCUGGACUCCACCCCCGAACCAAGUGGACGCGCAUCAGAGAUAACAUCUCCAUCGGCACGAUGGUUCUUCUAAAGGAGGAUAACCUCCCGCCUCUAAAAUGGAAGUACGGUAGAAUCACCAACAUCAUUCGUGGAGACGAUGACAACAUCCGCGUAGUCGACGUACGGACAGUAGAUGGAGAAUAUCGGCGUGCAAUCUCGAAAAUAUGCGUCCUUCCUACUCGUCAACCCACAACCGAGUCAGCUGGCGCUGCCAGUAUCAACCCAGAUGACCUCUAA